GUUGAUCUCGCUCACUGAAACGGCUGGAGGCUGGUUCUUCGGUUUCCAUCAUCCUGCAUUGUCAUGGAGCCGGACGUGAGCAUUGAGAGCUCGUCGAGAAUCCAGGUGGCGGUACUGCCGAUCGGGAUGGUGCCGUCGAAUGUGCUGCGGGACUAUUACUCUAUGCUGUUUCCUCUCCAUACAAUACCGCUCUCGGCGAUCAGCUCCUUCUACACAGAGCACCAGAAAUCGCCAUUCGCUCAUCAACCAUGGGACUCGGGAUUCCUCCAGUUUAAAUUUGUUCUUGGAGGGGCGCAACCAAGCCCAUGGGAGGACUUCCAAUCUCAUCGUAAGACCCUGGUGGUCAUAGGCAUUUGCCAUUGCCCUUCCUCGCCCGAUCUCGAUUUUGUCAUUGAACAAUUUUCUAAUUCCUGCAAGUCUUACCCCUCAUCGCUUGUCGAUCGCUGCUUUGCAUUCUGCCCAGAUGAUUCGCAGCUUGAGGACGGAAGUAAAAAGGGCGGUAAUUUAAGGUUGUUUCCCCCUGCUGAUCGUCAAACACUGGAGUUCCACUUGAACACUAUGAUGCAAGAAGUUGCUGCUUCGUUGUUGAUGGAAUUUGAAAAGUGGGUGCUUCAGGUUGAAUCUUCAGGCACCAUACUCAAGACCCCUUUGGAUUCUCAAGCGAGUCUCAGCUCAGAGGAGGUCAUCAAGGCUAAAAAACGAAGGCUUGGGCGUGCUCAGAAGACAAUAGGUGACUACUGCCUGCUGGCCGGAUCGCCGGUUGAUGCAAAUGCCCAUUAUUCUACUGCAUUGGAACUUGCCAGGUUGACCGGCGAUUACUUCUGGUAUGCCGGCGCACUGGAGGGGAGCGUUUGUGCCUUGCUGAUUGAUCGCAUGGGCCAGAAAGAUUCAAUCUUGGAGGAGGAAGUUAGAUACCGUUACAACAGCGUAAUCUUGAAUUACAAGAAGUCACAAGAUAAUGUUCAGAGAGUCUCUCCCCUAAGUUUUGAACUUGAAGCUACUUUGAAAUUGGCAAGGUUUCUUUGCAGGAGAGAGCUGGCCAAGGAGGUGACGGAAUAUUUAACCAAUGCUGCAGAUGGUGCUAAAUCUUUAAUAGAUGCCAGUGAUAGACUUAUACUGUUUGUUGAAAUAGCUCGUUUAUAUGGCAGUCUUGGAUACGAGAGAAAGGCUGCUUUCUUUACAAGGCAGGUUGCUCAGUUAUAUCUGCAGCAAGAUAAUCGUUUGGCUGCAAUUAGCGCUUUACAAGUUUUGGCACUGACUACUGAAGCAUAUCAUGUUCAAAGUAGAGCAUCAGUAUUUGAGAAUUCUCUACCUAACAAGGGAAUCGGAUCAAGUAAUGCAGAUAGUGGGAAAAAGUAUCCCCAAUCAGCAGUCUCGCUCUUUGAGUCUCAGUGGAGUACCCUUCAGAUGGUGGUAUUAAGAGAAAUUCUUCUUUCUGCUGUCCGUGCUGGAGAUCCUCUUGCUGCAUGGAGUGCAGCAGCAAGACUACUCAGAUCAUAUUAUCCUCUAAUUACUCCUGUUGGGCAAAAUGGUCUAGCUAGUGCACUUAAAAAUUCAGCUGAAAGGCUGCCACCAGGGACUCGUUGUGCUGAUCCUGCCUUACCUUUUAUAAGGUUGCAUUCUUUUCCUCUCCAUCCAACACAGAUGGACAUUGUAAAACGCAACACAGCUAGGGAAGACUGGUGGGCAGGUUCUGCUCCUUCAGGCCCUUUCAUAUAUACACCAUUUAGCAAAGGAGAGUCCAAUAAUGCUAAGAAGCAGGAGCUUAUUUGGAUUGUUGGAGAGCCUGUCCAGGUCUUGGUGGAAUUGGCAAAUCCAUGUGGCUUUGAUUUGAAGGUUGAUAGCAUCUAUUUGUCUGUGCAUUCAGGAAAUUUUGAUGCUUUCCCUGUGAGUGUUAGCCUUCCACCUAAUUCAUCAAAAGUGAUCACCUUAUCAGGAAUCCCAACAUCUGUAGGAGUAGUUACAAUUCCUGGGUGCAUUGUUCAUUGUUUUGGUGUAAUUACUGAACACCUGUUUAAAGAUGUUGACAAUCUCCUUCUUGGAGCAGCACAAGGACUUGUCCUCUCUGAUCCGUUCCGCUGCUGUGGAUCUCCGAAAUUAAAAAAUGUGUCUGUUCCAAAUAUUUCUGUUGUGCCGCCGCUUCCAUUGCUGGUGUCACGUGUUGUCGGGGGUGACGGUGCCAUCAUUUUGUAUGAAGGUGAAAUUCGUGAUGUAUGGAUAUGUCUGGCUAAUGCAGGCACAGUUCCAAUUGAGCAAGCACAUAUUUCAUUGUCAGGAAAAAAUCAAGAUUCUGUGCUUUCAUAUUCUUUUGAAACUUUAAAGUCUUGCCUUCCUCUAAAGCCUGGAGCAGAAGUGACAUUACCAGUGACCUUGAGAGCUUGGCAGGUUGGUUUGGUGGAUCCAGAUACCAGUGCUGGGAAGAGUGCCUCUGGAAGCAUCAUGAGGCAUGUUAAAGAUGGAAUCAGCCCUUCAUUAUUGAUACAUUAUGCUGGUCCACUGCAAACCUCUGGCAAUCUUCAAAAUAAUGGAUCUAAUGUGCCCCCUGGUAGGCGCCUUGUCGUUCCCUUGCAUAUUUGUGUUUUACCAGGCUUGUGUUUUGUUAAGGCUCGGCUGCUUUCAAUGGAGUUUCCUGCUCAUGUUGGUGAGAAUCUUCCCAAGCUGGCUGAUACAAGUGGUAAAUCCACUGGAGGGAAUGUUGACUCUCAGACAAAAAUGGACAGAUUGGUGAAAAUUGAUCCUUUCAGAGGAAGUUGGGGGUUGCGAUUUCUUGAACUUGAGCUGUCUAACCCCACUGAUGUUGUGUUUGAAAUUAGUGUUACUGUCAAACUGGAGAACUCUAGCGAUGAGGACAAUCUUUCUGGUGAUCAGGAUGCUGCUGAAUAUGGAUAUCCUAAAACAAGAAUAGAUAGAGAUUGCUCCGCCAGGGUUCUAGUGCCUCUUGAGCACUUUAAACUACCAGUUCUUGAUGAUUCCUUCUUCAUGAAGGAUAUUCAGGUAGACGGGGUUGCUGGAGGCAGGAAUGCGAUGUUCUCAGAGAAGAACACUAAAGCUGAACUUAAUGCCUGUAUCAAGAACCUUAUAUCUAGGAUUAAAGUUAGAUGGCAUUCAGGACGCAAUAGCUCUGGAGAGUUGAAUAUUAAGGAUGCUAUCCAGGCUGCUCUUCAGACCUCAAUUAUGGAUGUCCUGCUGCCUGAUCCAUUGACCUUUGGCUUCAGGCUUGUCAGAAAUGAUUUUGAAUCAGAAAAACCUGAUUCUGAAAGAGAAUCCAAUGUUGAUGAUGUGCAAUCUCCUGCAUCAAAAGAUUUUGUUUUUGCACAUGAAAUGACGCCAAUGGAGGUUCUUGUCCGUAAUAAUACAAAGGAUUUGAUUAAAAUGAAUCUUAACAUUACUUGCAGAGAUGUAGCCGGGGAAAAUUGUGUAGAUGGGGCAAAGGCAACUGUUCUAUGGACUGGGGUUCUAAAUGAUAUUACAAUGGAGAUUCCCCCACUUACAGAAGUUAAACAUUGUUUCUGCUUGUAUUUUCUUGUUCCGGGAGAGUAUACCCUCGCGGCUGCAGCAGUGAUCAGUGAUGCAAAUGACAUUCUCAGGGCUCGAGCAAGGACCAAUUCGGCUGAUGAGCCAAUCUUCUGCCGGGGACCACCGUAUCAUGUUCGUGUUCUUGGGACUGCAUGACAAUUUUUGCCCGUGAAAGUCCACUCAUUAAGCUCCUAUUUUUUUUGGUGCGACUGCUUGUAGCACCAGUUAUUUCAUUCGGUUAUCUAGGAUGAUACACUGGAACGUUGCAGUUACACUCCUGGUUAAGAUCAAUUCCGGGAAGCUUUGUUCCAAUUCAAGAAUUUAGAUUUUUACGUGGCUUGGUUUGUAUUUGUAAAUCGUCUAUAAUGUAUAUUAUAUUAUGAGACAGGUCGCUCCGCAA